AUUUUGAACUGCACCGACGUCAUUUGGAUGAGCGGGAGGAACCCGGCGACUCACUACACAAGUUCCUACAUCAAACCUUGAAAAUCGAGUUGAAAAUAGUCGAACAGGUGUGAAGAUGGCGUCGGAUGAUGUUGCUCAGCUGGCUGAUUCGCUGGCCAGGACUCAGGUCAGAGAGGGUGAACUCAGCUAUAAAGGACAGGGUCUGAAACUGAAUAACGCCCAGUCUGUGGAGGAGAUUGUGAAGGAUAUCCGGGAGUUUAAGGGUUUGCAGGCUUUGCGGUUGGAGGGGAACACUGUAGGAGUGGAGGCUGCCCAGGCCAUUGCUAAAGCUCUGGAAGACAAGAGUGACUUUCAGUGCUGCUACUGGAGUGACAUGUUCACUGGCCGCCUGCGUUCUGAGAUCCCUCCUGCACUGAACUCUCUAGGAGCAGCUCUAAUAACUGCUGGAGCUCAGCUGAAGGUGCUGGAUCUGAGUGAUAACGCGUUUGGUCCUGAUGGUGUGAAGGGCAUUGAGAAGCUGCUGAAGAGCACUGCUUGUCACACACUGCAGGAACUGCGCCUCAACAACUGCGGCAUGGGCAUCGGUGGAGGAAAGAUCUUGGCAGCAGCACUGACAGAGUGCCAUAAGAAGUCGAGCGAACUUGGUGCCCCCCUGAGCCUGAAGGUCUUCGUUGCAGGCAGGAACAGGCUGGAGAAUGAUGGCGCCACAGCACUGGCACAGGCCUUUCAGUUAAUGGGCAGUCUGGAGGAAAUCCACAUGCCUCAGAACGGCAUCAACCAUCCCGGAGUGACGGCUUUGGCCAGCGCUGUGCAGCACAACCUCCAGCUCAGGGUGCUCAACCUCAACGACAACACCUUCACUAAGAAGGGAGCUAUCGCCAUGGCCCAGGCUCUGAAGCACCUACGCAGUGUGCAGGUCAUAAACUUCGGGGACUGCCUGGUUCGGUCUGAGGGAGCCAUCGCUAUAGCCGAGGCUCUAACAGAGGGACUUCCAAUUCUCAAGGAGUUGAAUCUGUCAUUUGGAGAGAUCGCAGAGGAGGCGGCUCUGGCGGUUGCAAAAGCUGUUGAACACAAAGAUCAGCUCGAGAAACUCGACCUUAAUGGUAACUAUUUAGGUGAGGAGGGGUGUCAGAACCUUCGGGAGCUGAUGCAGAAUAUGAACAUGGAAGACAUGCUGGGGUCUCUGAGUGAUGAUGAAGGAGAGCCAGAUGAAGAUGAAGAUGAUGAGGAGGAUGAAGAAGACGAUGAAGAAGAGGAGGAGGAGGAAGAUGAGGAGGAAGAAGAAGAGGAAGACAUUGAUGAUGAAGAAGAAGAAGAAAAUGAGGAAGAGGGGGAAGAUGAGCCCAGCAAACCCAGUCAGAUGUCAACUCCUCCUUCAGCCUCUCGGCCUCCGGAUGUUUCGUCCUUCCUCUGUUUUCCGUCUCCAGACAAACUGCUCCGUCUUGGCAACAAGAGAGCUGAACUCAUCCAGCAGCAGGUGGAUGUGGCGGAUGUGGGGAAGACCGUAGAAGCUUUCCUGAAGAUUUCGUCUGUGUAUAAGGAAGAUGAUCCUGAGGUGAAAACGGCAGUGCUUGAGAGCAUUGAUGCUGUUUUGAGGAAAAUGUUCUCCUUGCCCUCAGCCCAGACCUUCAGCUUUAUCUCCUCAUUACUGGUGAUGCUUGGGUUAUUAAAGAGUGAGGAUAAAGUGAAGCCGGUGGCAGUAGUAGCAGGACAUCUGCAGUGUUUGGAGCACGCAGUGAAGCAGGACUAUUUCCCCCGAGAGCACAUCGCUGUACUGCAUGCAUUUAUGGCCAGACCAAACAAAUCGUUGGAGACGUGCAUCAGCGCUCGGGACAGCCUGAGAUCCACACUGCAGAGACUCCAGCCAGAGAGCUAAAAGGACGUCCACGCCCUCACACGCUUACACGCACACACGGCUCACAGAUAUUUGGACGUUUUUCUGCUCAUCUCCUUUUGACUGGACUUAAACUCUAGGAAGAGCUCAGCUAUGGAGGACAUAAUUUGACAAAAAGGGAUGCAGGCUACUCAUUACUGGAGGACAUUUGUGGUACUGCAAGACUUUCAGAUGAGCCUCACGUGGACUAUUAACCAUUUCGUUCUGCCAUCUUUCAUUUUAUUAAACAUAAUUUAAACAUUAAAUAAAACAUAAUAAAAAUAGUCUCAGUAAAAGAAAAAGAAAAGCUACUCUACUCUCUAGUACUACUCUCACAAGGAAUACAUUCAGUGGCUAGUAAUAAUGCCAGUCUCUGAUAACUGCUGGAUUACACUGAAAGCCAUUCGGGGCUUUAGCUUUAAAUGACAGCCUGUCAUUGGCUUGGGGAUGUUUUUUUGUUUUUGUUUGUUUUUUUUCUUUCUCUCUGUUAAUCAAGCAACACCUCUGUCAGCACUGAAGAUGAACCUAACUGGAGCUUUCUGUUGUAAUCAAAAGCUUGACUCUGCUGUUGUUUGAGGACAGUUCUCUUGUGUUGUAGACAGGUCUCUUGAACAUUUUGGUCUUCAGGGCAUUCACUAGCUUUUCUGUAGCGAUAAGAUCCAAGUUCUUUAGUGUAUACACUGCCCAUCAAAAGCUGGGAGACACCUCGCCUUUUAUUGCAAUUUGAAUUUUCCCACUAUUUCAUUUAUGUAAGAAAUGAAAACUACAAAGGUUUUGUUGACAUCAAACAGCUACUUGCUAAUACUUUGGGUAUAUUUUGCUACAUGACUCCGAGCAGAGCAGGUUCUGUGUAAAUAGUGAUUGGACAGUUUCCUUUUCCAAACUACUGUUAAAAGCACAUAUUGGCCCAAAAGUUAUUUAAGCACCUGAAAUCAAAAAGUUUCAUGUCAUAUAAUAACAUUUCUAUAGACCUCUGUAGUCGUGUCGUCAAAGAGUUCCAAAUCUGACAGUACCGACAUCCAAAUGUCACUGGAUCAUUUGAAUUACGAGGUCAGUAAGGAGACGAAAUACAGAGCUACGUGCAAUGGCAGUAAUGGCCCACAGUUUGAGUAGUUGCUGUUAUAACAGCAUUAUAACAGUGUUAUAGUUAAAUAAUAGACUUUCAUACAAUGUUGUUUUAACGCCGUUUCAGUGCUCAAGAGUGUUAGCUUGGUCAUGGCAUGUACGUAGCAUUACUUUGAGUGCUAAAGGCCCUUGUGAUUCAGUGAGGGAGAUGUACACGAGUCAAAAUGUAUCAGGUUUGGAACACUUUUGUUUAUCACAUGAUGCAAUGGCAGCAAUUUAAAAAAAAUGUUGCUAAUAUAGGCAUUAUACAUAACUUCAGAGCUCUAUAUCUAAGUACUCAGUCUUAUAAGCACUUGUAAGCCAUUCAAAUGCCCAUUCCAAAAUCCAGGAUGCUGAUUGGCUGUCUAAACAAUGUUAUUAACAUCAGCGCUUCUUGAUUACGCUGCACUGCAAUUGAAUAUACCCACUUCCAGCACCUCUCUCACUUCUGGUUCAAGCAUGGUUCAGGACACAGUAUUGAAGUCAAGCUGUCGGUACUAGUAGUAAAACAUUUUGAACAAUACCCCGGUCGUUAUACUUUUCAAUUACUUAAAAUAUGUAAUAUAUUAAGUAAUUGGAAAAUGACAAAGAAAACAUGUUAAUUUGUGUUGAAUACAUUUUGAAAGGCUAGGUGUGCCCCAGCUUUCCCCCUGCAUGGGCGCUGUAUAUCCACACCAAGACAAAAAUACCUUUUUUCAAUAUUUUCAAAUUAGAUGUGAUUGUAUCUUUAAUGUAUGGGCUAUUUCAUACUUUUAUGUGGACGUGAAUUUCAAUGCAUUAUACGUAGCUCACUGUGUGCUUUCUUUGCAGACAUUCUAUAAUGGCAUAAUAAAACAAAUGAUUGUCAUAAAUAAAUGAAUAAAUAAGUCAUAAUGGGCUGACA